UACAUCUAUACCCAUAGUUGAAGAAGAAGGAUGAAUUACGAUUUAGUGCAGCCGAUUCGAGGAAAUAUGGCCAUCCUCUUAUACUUAGGACUUUGGCGCCUAGACAACAAAUGGGAACCACUCUAUCGACUUUAUUCGUUCAUAUUGCAUUUUUGUUUCACAAUUCUAACAACAGCGUCAAUGUGGGCAAGUGUCUUCACUUCGAAGGAAUUUGAAGCAAUAACCGAAUCGUUGCAUAUGGCACUCACUGAAGCGGUUUUCUUGCCAAAAAUUAUAAAUAUGUCAAGAUUGAGCAGUGAAUCGGUUCAUUUUUUGACACUCUUCGAUUUGGAAGAGUUCAGCUUGAAGAACAUGGAAGAAUUAACUCUUUUCAAAAGAUCCCAUCAGGUUUUUUAUCGUGUGAUCAAGUGUUAUUGUUCGUCCGGAGUGGGUGUGUAUGCAGCUUGUUUUACUGUCGUAGCAAUUGGAAAGAAUUGGGUCCUCCCAUAUCCGGCUUGGAUGCCUUUUGAUUUGCAUUCGAAGUUCUAUUGGUAUGCCUAUUUUUUCCAACUUAUUGGCCUGACUGUGACAACGUUGUCACAUGUUAGCAUUGACGUGUUGCAGUUGUUUUUGCUGCAUCAUAUUUCAUUGGUCUAUCGAGUGAUCGGGAUGCGUUUGUCAAAAAUUGGAGUUGAUUUGUCAGAUGCUUCGAACGCCAGAGAAAUCCAUGAACUAGUUAUGACUGAUUUGAGAGAAAUCAUCAAAAUUCAUGGAUUUGUUAAAAAGGUUACACAAAAAUGUGAAGGUUUUAUGUCAUUUCCAUUUUUCAUGCAAGUCCUUCUGAGUGCACUUGUUCUUUGUUUCUCAGGAUAUCAGACAAGUAGUAUAUCUCCAAGAGAAAAUCCUGGACAAUUUCUGGCAAUGGGUGAUUUUCUUGUAGUCAUUGGGAUUCAAAUGUUUCUACCUUGUUACUAUGGAAACCAAGUGACAAUUGAAUCGGGCAAAAUGAGUGAAGCUUUAUACAAUUCAAACUGGAUGGACUUGCCUGAAAAUUCUAAGAAAGUUAUACGUUUGUAUAUGGAAUUUUUGAAGGAACCUGUUUAUGUUAGGGCUGGAAAGUUUUUUGAUAUUGGGUUGCCAACAUUUGGAAAGACCAUUAAUAAUGCAUACAGUUAUUUUGCUUUACUCCUGCAAAUGAACAAUUAAUAAUAAUAAAAGCAAUGAUAUUUAAUUUUUAAAUAUUGUGUGUUUUUUAUUUUAAAUGCACUGGCAAAUAAUACGAAAUUAAACAUUUUGUAUUUUCUUAGAAUACGUGUUAAGAAAUUGAAAUAAUAAUAAUCGAAUAGUUAUGUGGGUUGA